AUGGCAUUACUGGAUGAACAAGUGAAAUCCGAGCUUACCAAAAUGCAAGCCUUCAUUGAAAAGGAAGCAAAGGAAAAGGCAAAAGAGAUCAGGUUGAAAGCGGAUGAGGAAUACGAAAUUGAAAAAGCGUCAACCGUAAGAUUGGAAACGUCUGCCAUUGAUGCCACCUAUGAACAAAAAUUGAAAAAGGCAAGCUUGGCCCAACAAAUUACUAAAUCGACAAUUGGCAACAAGACCAGAUUGAAGAUUCUUGGUGAAAAGGACCAAAUUUUGAAUCAGAUAUUUGAGGAAGCUGAGAAAGAGUUGCAUAACAUCACCAAGGACAAGGCCAAGUAUAAGCCUGUCUUGGUUGGAUUGAUUGAAGAAGGGAUCUUGACCUUGUUGGAAGGUAAGGUGAGUGUCAAAGUGAGAGAAGCUGAUGUUGAACUUGCGAAAGAAGCCGCAAAGGAAGCCUCCAAGAACUAUGAAGAGAAGGCUAAGCAAAAAGUUGAUGUAACUGUUGACGAGAAGGAAUUCUUGAGCAAGGAUAUUGCCGGUGGAGUGAUUGUUAUAAAUGGUACUGGCAAGAUUGAAGUUGUCAACACUUUGGAAGAGAGAUUGAAGAUAUUACAAGAAGAAGCGUUGCCUGCUAUUAGACUAGAAUUGUUUGGUCCUUCGCCAACAAGAAAGUUUUUCGAUUAA